UAAAAUGAUUGUUUUACGUGAAAGUUAUAGUGUUUACAAAUGGCAGUAUAUAUACUGAAAUUUUUUUUUUUUUUUUUUUACAAGUAAUGGCGGUGAUCAGCAACUUAUAGCAGGACUGCGGCAGGCAUUCUGACACUGGGGGGAACUAACUUGGUGUCACUGACAUCCCCAGUGACACCAAUACAGUGAUCAGUGCUGAUAAAAAGCACUGACACUGUACUAAUGGCACUGGGCAGGAAGGGGUUAACAUGUGGGGCGAUCAAAGGGUUAACUGUUUGGGCUGUGUCUGUGCUUUGCACUGCAAGCACACUGCUGUGUAUGGCUCUGCUAUGCAGAGCCAUACCAAGCAGUGUGCUAGAGCUGACAGGGGAGAGAACAUACAGUUCUCUC